AUGGCGGAGUUUCGACAGGCCAAGCAUACAAUUAUUCUGGUGCAGUACACACGCGACCCAAACUCGCGCACUUACCUCGACUUUGAGUCUGUAAACGGUGGGAUGGAUGGUGUGGUCAAAAUGUACGAGGCCAAGCUUAAGCAGCUUAAUCCAAAUCUAAAGAAUAUCACAUACGAUAUCCAAGAUCUGUAUACGUACAUCGACUCGCUUACGGAUCUUAGCGCGCUCGUGUUGGAUCUUGAAACGAAGACGUAUUUGCCCUGUGGCAAAGAGUGGAUUAAGAAGAAGGUCUUCCAGGUGCUUAAGAAUCAGGAUAUUUCAAAAAUUCAGGAACUCGACAAAUUGGGAAGUAUAUUAACUAUAUCGCAUGAGCUGGUGCCUCGACGCUUGGUACAGGUAAAAGAGCUGUACAAUUACGAGAGCAGCAAGGACGAUUUUGCCCCGAGCACUCCUGUCGCUACUUCAAACGCUGUAGCGAUAUCCAUUUCGCUUAAGCUGAUAGAACUGAGCGUUAACAUGGAGGCAAGCGCCGAGACUCCGGCGCUUGAUAUGGUCAAGCUUAUCAGCGCCGAGGGACACGAGUUGUAUAUAAGCAGAAAAUGCGCCAUGGUGUCAGGCACCAUUCGUGCUAUGCUUAGUGGCCAAUUUACGGAGAGUAAGGGUGAGAUCACUUUUCCAGACAUCAGUGCACCCAUUCUGGAAAAGGUUUCCCAAUACAUGUACUAUAAGACACAAUAUUCGGACAGCACAUCCCGCUUGCCUGAGUUUAUCAUCGAGCCUGAGAUCGCUAUGGAUCGCUUUCGUAAAGUGUUGGUGUGUCUUUUAAAAAAAUUCGCAUACAGACCCUUCAGUCGACAGGAUUCCAUGCUACUUGCCAGACAGCGAAGACGCGCACGGCUCGUAUUACAGCAGACUAUUUUCUUUGAGGCUUGCUUUGGCUUCAUAUUUUACCCGCUGUCGUGUCUGCUGUUAAGAGAUAAGCUUCAAGUACUCCAAUACCACUCUUCAUUCUCACGUGCCCUUCCUGUAUUCUGCUUGAUCGUGCUGAUCCCAGCAGACAUAGCACGAUACUACUUGGGCACGCAUGGCAACUUGCGAUCGCAAGUGUACCCCCUCACAGCAUUCAUGUUUUUGUCCGCGUGUCCACUGCUUCCAGGGCUUAUUUACUUAAGCCUUUUUGCUGAACACCGCAUUCCAUUUGAUACUGCAGCCGGAUUAUACUCCGUCUUUUUGCUCGUCGCUGAGAUUGUAGCUGGCUUUAUUGUACUACGUGAUCUACUCAGACAAGAGGCAGCACGAUUUCUCAAGACGCGCAAUUUUAAUCAUACAAAAGGGAAUGAGGUUGAUGACGAUGAGCGCGCUCGAUUUCUGCAUUGA